UGUGGACUCAGUGACGCCUCCUGCCGACGGUUUUCUUUGUCUGCCCAGAACAGCACGGAAUCAAGAUGAGGAUCCAAGUAUGACAGUGAACACACAGACGGGGACCGUCCAGCCUCCCAUUUCGAGUGUUUCUUUCCGCCUCUCUGUAAGGCGAGCCUGGGCUAUGUCUGUUUAAGGUGGCCGCGCUUACGGCUCAUCUGCGCUCGCAGAUAUGUUCCGCCUGCACAAAACUACAACAUAUCAAUAAGUUGAAGAAGCUUUUCCCCCCUCACCAUGUCAAAUUUUCCAAUAGUGCUUGGCUUACCCCGGUUGACACACAUUCGAUGUGCGGUUCUGCAUCUCUUCGACCAGUAAAGAGAGUUGUUUCACCCGUGAUCGAGCGCCAGCUUGCUGGUGCCCUGUUCGUCGGCAGCUCCUUACGGUGAACGAUCAGUCCGCUGUGGCGCACGCCGUGCCACGAGUUUCCUGUGAGUCUGAGCAAAAACCGACUUUUAAAAAGGGAAGGUGGGCGGCACUAAAACAGAAUGACAGCAAGUAUGACGAAGUUGAUUUGGAUAAUCCUCGCAGGAAGCAACACACAACAACUGAAGACUUAUACGCGUGUGAGCCUUUACUUGAGUGUCGAGCGAACAAGACUCGGCUGGCACGGAUGCUGCCGCACAAGUGGCAGCAGUAGCUGUAGAGCUGACAGCGGCGUAUGGAAGGACAGCGGCUCACGGGAAAUCGUUUUCCGUGAUUAAAAAUACCCUAAAAUAUUGGUUACGCGCAACUUGGUGGAUGCGGUAAUAUCAUGUUACGAAAAUCUCGCAGGCUUCUGCCGUCAUGAAUGCGGACAUUUGGUGACUUCCAUUUUUAUUGCUCGGGAGUGCAGGCAGCUGCCCAGAAAGGCGUAUUCGUCCGGCGUCUUCUGUCGCAACUCAAGUUCUCUACGCAGCCUCCAGGGGCGACAAAAACUCGAUAACUGUUUCUCAUGGGCAUUUCCCAGGAAGGACUGUGGCCAACUGUCUUUGUUCCAUGAACCUGCAGUCAAAUCUGCGGCAUUCCCUUCUCCCGUAACGCUGUUUUGCUCGACGAGCUAAGCGCCAAACGGGGUGCGUGGUUCCCUUUCCGUCCAGAGAGGGAGGAGACAUGCUUUUCUCGCGCCGCGGAGGCGACUUUUCGUUAGAGAAAGUUUUUUCUUGUUAGUUGCCUGUUCGUUGAAUUGUCUUAGACGUGUGGAAUGCCUUGCCUCGCGAGCCGUGCCCCUGGUGACCACAGUACCCUCGACUCUCCAUCAACAUCACGUCUUAAUCUAACAGAUCGCUCGUGGUUCUGACAAAAUGAGCCGUCGCGUUUCCCACAACAGUUCCACGCGGAACAGUGGUGCUGUUCUGACGGGGGCUGCACUCGGAGGCGCCCGAAACCUCCUCGAUCAUGUUCGUGGAGUGGCCAGGUCGGGAACUGCACAGGGUGCCCGCCGGCAACAUGGGGUUCUGGACCACACAGACAGCAUCAAGAGGCGGGAGCUGAAUUUUGACGAAGAGGCGUGGGCGAGGACCUCGACCUUGGACUAUUCUCCGUAUAAGCUUCAUCGCAUGCAAGAGAGCGAGGUCACCACUCACAUAAGCGGUGACGACUACGGGGAAGUGUCUCCGGGAGAGGAGGCAGGCGAAAUUGAGGCUCUUGACGAACAAGGAGAGGAAGAUGAAUACGAGAAUGACUAUGAAGAUUACUACGGGGCGGACAAGGCCGGUGCGGGCGAAGAAGAAGAGGCAGCAGAUGCGGCGGAUGGAUACACCUACGAUGGUGGUGAAGAGGAGUACUACUACGACAAUAGCUAUCAGCAAGGCGAAGGUGGGAUAGAAGAAGAGGCAGAGGACGAGGCGGAAGUUCCCGAGGAAUACGCAGCGACAGGAGGAGAACAUGAGGUGGAAGAGGGUGGUGAGUACGCAUACAAUGAGUACGGCUACGAAGAGGGAGAGUAUGCAGAGGAGGCUCCGGAGAAGGACGUAGGAGAGGCAGAAUGGGGUGAAGGUGAGGGAUAUGAUGAAGCAGAGGUCGAGGCAGGAGACGACUACGAGGAAGCAGGCGAAGCAGAUGAGGGAGAAGCGUACGAAGAGGCAGCCGAAGGGGAAGUGUACGAAGAGGCAGCCGACGGGGAAGUGUACGAAGAGGAAGAUCAAGAAGAGGAAGCGGCAACUCCUGCCAACCCCUUAGCUCCAUACACACUGCCCCAGAUUGCUACCAAGGUGCAGGUCAAGCAUGUGCCAGGCAAGGGGCGAUGCUUAUAUACCAAGCACGACCUCGAACCUGGAUCGAUUAUCUUUGUGGAGACGCCCGUACUUGUGGCAAUCCCGUCUUUGGACGAAGAGCUGUGGAGUGUUCUUACCGAGAUAAACGACGAAGAAGCACUGGAACUUCCUCCGGUGUGGCAUCUGGCAGCGAUUUGCAGUCUGACAAUGCUUGACGACGAGAAGAAGAAAAUUUGUCUCGACAAAUGGGUUCCCGAUCCAGACAGGGCACCUAGUGAUGACGUUCUCCGAGUUAUCAACAGAGCCGGAUUGCAGGUUCACCCAAAACUUUAUGAGCGCAUGCUGAUGGUUUGGAGGUACAAUUCUUUCGGCCACCACACCGAACAACACGGCUUGGUGCUGUACAACCGGAUCAGCAUGAUGGCACACAGCUGCAGAGCGACGGCUUGUUGGCACUACGGAGAAGAUGAUGCCUUUAUUUUGCGUGCACGCGUCAAGCUCCAAGCAGGAGACGAGCUGACGAUCUCAUACAUCGGAGAUGACGAUCUGUUCAAGUCGACAAACGUGCGAAGAGAGAAAGUGUAUGGCUGGCUGUUCACUUGUCAGUGCGUUCGGUGCGCAGCCCCGGUUGACAACGCCCGAGGGUUUAGAUGCCCUCUGUGUGGCACUGGUGCGAUGUUUUUCAAAACAGAAGACGGGGAAACAACGUCGUCCGCUUGCACUAUAUGCCAAGCCUUCCCAACACAAGAGACGAUUCAAGAAUAUUUGGACUUUGAACAAGCUUAUGUGGACAGGCUGGCUGAGACAGACAAAUCAGACGUUCCCGAUGCAGAGCUCGUGUACAACCAGGCCACUCGCGUAUUUGCACAACACUGGGUUUUGUACCAACUUCACACAAUACUGUUCGAGGGCUAUCGCGAUGCUGGCAACUCUGAAUCGGCGUCAUUCCACCAAAUGGAACGAAUCAAAUACGUGUCGCAGGUCAUGCCUCUUGCGUCUUACACGUUGGCGUGGCUCUAUGAAGAAAUGGGUGACACCAUGUUAAACAAGGCAGAGGAAUCCGGCCCGGAAGUCCCGGCCCACAAGCUGAACGUGAUAUCUAGACACUUUGAGGACGCGUAUAAUCUUCUGUACAUUCUCUGCGGCGAAGACCACGACUACACGGUCGCUGCCGGAACCAAAAAAACUGCAUGCGAGGAACGCCUACCGGCCAGUUGAGGAACAAUUGUGGGAGACUGGCGGAGGACUUCUCGUGUUCGCAAGGGGUAAAGGGCUCAGUGUCGCAGUGACAUUUUGGCUUUUAUUUCGCUACCAACAAGGAAAAACGGCUAGGUUCCAUCAGCGUGUCAAGGGAUCAAGUGUCAGCAAUAUGUCGGUCACUCGAGUCUGUGUACCGGUCGAGCACAGGUUACUCGAUCCACUGCAUGUGACAGUAAUCGAUGUUACAAUACGGGAUGAGAUUGUAUGAAACGGGAAAAUCUCUAAGAGGUAAACACAACCAGGGAUGUAGCGUCUCUUUUACUGGCUGGCCGUGUGCACUCUGUCGAAAUCUGGUCAGCCUCAAGAUGCCAAAAGGUCCAAUCUUUUGUUUGCGACUCGAGCAGAAUGGGGUGGCCGCAUCGAUGACGAAGUGCAAGUUCUUCCAUGGAAGAAACAGAUCCACACUGCGUUGCAACUUUUUCGAAUUCAGUUUGAGCACCCUUUAGAGUCUGAGUUCCCUGCCGUGCGGCGGGAUGCAGGGUGUUUCUGGCACUUCCGGUUUAGUCUUGAUUCACAAAACGGAGUUUGUCAUUGCAAAAAAUCACAAUUCAAGGCGCGUUGGUCUACGGAUGGUAGGCGAAGCAGAAUGUGCAGCCCCUGUAGCCGUGUGAUGUCAUGGACGAUGGCUGCUCUGUGAGGCAGUCAUUCAAGAACAGGGUUGAUCAGAUGUCGUUGUCUUUCUUUGUCGGAAGCUUGGUAACAUAAAAAUGUGUUAGUCCUCUUCUUCCGACUCUUCGGAUAACUUGUUUCCCUUGGCGCUGCUCGCUCCUCUGGAGCCUUUCCCCUGUGCCACAUGACAUUGUCAGACGAAACACAUACUGGAUCGAUAGAAGCAC